AUGGACGCAGUUCUGCUGCUGAUCAUGGCAGCUGCAGGGCUGAGCGCUGUCUCCUCACAUGCUGAACGUCAGUACCAUUUUGUCUAUGAAGCAAAGAACAUGUCUGAAGCACAGAGAUACUGCAGAGAGAAACACACAGACCUGGCCACUGUGGACAGCAUGGAGGUUGUGGAGCUCCUGAACAACAUGGCAGGCCACAACAAGCAAUCAGCCUGGAUAGGGCUGUACCACGCCACGGGCAGCUGGAGGUGGUCGCUGUCAGACACAAGCUUCUACAAACCGGGGGAGACGGAGUUCAGACGAUGGUGGGUUGGAGGACCAAACAACUUUUCAUGGGAAAAAUGCUCAAUUAUUAGUUCUAAUAAUGGAAAUUGGGAUGACCUUGUUUGUGACAUACUCCUCUCUGCAGUCUGCUGUGAUGUCACAGGAACGAACGCGACAUUUGUCUCCACUGAAGGCCUAAUGACAUGGCCUGAGGCCCAGAGCUACUGCAGAGAACACCACACAGACCUGGCCAGUGUGAGAAACCAGACAGAGAACCAGCAGAUUGUUGAGCUGUUACACGAACGGGGUAAUUAUUGGAUCGGACUUUCGAGACCAAACUGGACGUGGUCCGAUGGAAGUCCCUCCUCCUUUAGGUACUGGAGAGAAAAGGAACCUAACUGCAGAGAUCCUAAUGUUUGUGUGGCUGCAGAUUUCUACAACUCUGGAAAAUGGGAUGACUUGGACUGUGGGGUGAUGAAACCAUUCAUUUGCUACAAAAAUGUGCCUGUUUCAAUGCAAGUGAUAAAGGUGAGGGUGCCGAAACCAAACUCCGGUGUGGAUCUGAACGACCCCGCUUUUCUGGAGGAGAUGUUGGUGCAGGCGAAGAAGAACCUGAGGGCCCAGGGAUUGGACGACAACAUCAAACUGACCUGGAGGAAGCAGCCGGAUGGAAAAGUCUUCCAGAAGGAGCAGAAAUGUCUGUUUAACCUUGGCGUGAGGCCAUGGAGACCUACAUCAGAGACUCUGUCGUCAUCGGCGUUGGAUCUGGAAGGAACCCACUCUGCCCUGCUCCGCUUCGCUGAACGCAAUCAACACAUCUCUAACAGCAACCGGUGCAUCACAGAUUUCCUGUCCGACAGGAAGCAGCAGGUGAGGCUGGCAAAACACGUCUCUGACCCCCGUUCUUACCAUCAUCAGCCAGGGAACUCAAGUAAGAGCAGAACAUCAGCUCCCUCAUCCAAAAAGCCCAGCAGAGGAAGUGUCUUCCUGCGGGAGCUGAAGAAUUUCAACCUGCUAAAACCGAUGCUGAUGAACUUCUACUCCGCCAGCAACAAGUCCAUCCUCAUCUCCUCCAUCACCAUCUGGAACGCUGCAGCUACAGGACAGGGAAGGAUGCAAACAGUUGCAAUCAGAGAGCAAACAAAGAUGGACUUGGUUCUGCUGCUGAUCAUGGCAGCUGCAGGGCUGAGCGCUGUCUCCUCACAUGCUGAACGUAAGUACCAUUUUGUUUAUGAAACAAAGAGCAUGCCUGAAGCACAGAGAUACUGCAGAGAGAAACACACAGACCUGGCCACUGUGGACAGCAUGGAGGUUGUGGAGCUCCUGAACAACAUGUUCGAUCCAAACUUACUGGCCCAAUACAGAAACUAUUCAGUCUGGAUAGGGCUGUACGAUGACCGGGACACCUGGAGGUGGUCACUGUCAGACACAAGCUUCUACAAACCGGGGGAGACGGAGUUCAGACGAUGGGGGUCUGGACAACCAAUCAACACCGAGAAAGAACAAUGCGGAGUGAUAUACCAUGGUGACGGAACGAUGCAAAACAGGAAUUGUAAGGCUAUCUACAAGGUGGUCUGCUGUGAUGCCACAGGACCGGAUGCAACAUUUGUCCUCAUCAACAGCACAAUGAACUGGACUGAGGCCCAGAGCCACUGCAGAGAACACCACACAGACCUGGCCAGUGUGAGAAACCAGACAGAGAACCAGCAGGUACAGGAAAUGGUAGCUGCAGGGGGAAGUGACGCCUGGAUCGGCCUCUACAGAGACUCCUGGAAGUGGUCCGAUGGAAGUACCUUCUCCUUUAGGUACUGGAGAGAGAAAAGGAACCUGACAACAUAGCUCUUAUUGAUUGUGUGGCUGCAGCUUUCCAGGACUCUGGAAAAUGGGAGGACGCGGACUGUGGGGGGAAGAAACAUUCA